AUGGCAGACAGUUUUUCAUGGCUGAUUGUCUCUACAAAGUCUGGAGCAAGAUACAAACCUGGGAGCAGGAAGUUCCCUAGACGUCGAGAAUCCCCAGCUCCAUCAGAAGGAUCUGUUGGUUCUGAGGGAGGAGUUAUUCCACGACAAACCUACCAGGCUCCAGAAGGAUAUGACACGCCCACUAUCAGACAGUUUAGGGAUUAUCUGGAUAAUACCGGAUUGGAGCAAAACUUUAAGGAUCUGAUUAAACUUUUACUGGACAGGAAUGAACUGCCUUAUAACCCUUAUCCUGGGUUUGUUAAUAGGUUCAGACAGUUUGGUGAAAAAUUUCACAUGGAACAAGAGUCUGCGGAGAAAAUUCAUCAUAAACUUAGAAAUGCGAUGAAGGAAACAUUCCUGCCAUAUCUGUUUACUAUUAAGAACCACAACACUGUUUGGGGUUUGUCUAGUAUCCUCAAGGUCAUCAAUCCUCAGGCUUUGUCUAAAUAUAAAUGGCUGCUCGACGACCUCACUCCCCAUCCUGAAGAUGUUUUAUCAUCUGGUGAUUAUACUAAUCAAGUGAUGUUAGCACUGGUAGGAUCAUGUGUAUUUGAUGGAACAUUUUUCCCACAAGUCCACAGUGUAACCAUUAGGAAGGAAUACCUGAUAUCUGGGGAAGAUGUACAGCAGGGUGUGUCGAUAUUUGUAAAUUCCAUUAUGGCAGAAAUUGACAGCAUGUACAGCAAUCCACGACAUAUCAUGUUGGGUAUAAACAUUCCUUACGCUAAUGAAGAAUACCCUGAUGUAAUAAUGUUUGAGUUCUGGGACCCUGAUAGAAUACAAGGAGACAAGGAUGAGUUUCUACAGAUUGUAAGUGAUACAGUAGUCAAUAAUAAAUACAUUCACAUGGAGUGUGUCCUGAGGAUCAGCCCUUAUCAUCCACAAUACAUGAGGGGUACAAUCCAAUUCUCUUUAAACUUCUUGGAGAUAAAAGAUGACCUGAUUGAGGAAGGUUUGCAGAGUUUUGCUGAGUAUCCCAUGGCCUCUCUACAUGAAGGAGUAUUUCUAAAUGCAACUCAUGCAGAAGCUUAUUUGUCCAUCUUCUCACCAACAGUAGACCAGUAUGAUGAUCAGACACCAAGGUCACCUUUACCACAGAGCAGACAGGCCAGAGGUAGAGCACCAACUAGUCAUGCACCCAGUCGAGCACACAGUCGGGUCAGCCAAAUAACAGGACAUAGCAGAAAUAGAAAGUUCUCAUCAGCUCAGGGCCAUGAUCUCACUCGUAUACAACAGCAUGUAUAUGACAGAAUGGACCAUAUCAAACCGCAGAAAGUAAGAAUAGAUGGGUUCCGUAUUGGUGAUGAAUCAUCGUAUGGACCCUUUGCAUGGCAGAUCACUACACCUAUUAAAGCCUACUUACAGAAGAAAAUGGCCAGUCAUCAGAUGCAUGCAGAAUUGUUUGAAGCUGUACUUUGUGGGAUACUGUUAUGGCUACUGGACAGAGAAUCAUAUGACAAAGAUCUAACUGUUGAGUUGUACAAGCUUACCCACAGUACUGCAGGGUCAUUAUACCUAAUAAUGGAACAGAAUAAAACCUUACGCUAUAUACUCAAAGCUUUUGUAAAUAGACAAGAAACAGGACCAAUGAGGGAAUACUUGGCAUUAUACAGAGAAUCAUUUGUUCAUCUGUUCCUAAGUAAUUUAUAUGAGAGAAGUAAUGAGCAGAUAACUGUUGGUAAGGUAACUGUAGCACAGCUGGAUGAUCUCAUGCCCAAUAGUAUGAUUCAAUUUGGGUCAUAUGACCAUGUGCAAAUGGCACUAAAGACAUUGAAGAAUAUGAACUGGUACUGCAUGUCUCUUCUACUACAGCUCUCUGAAGAUAGUCUGAACAGGUGUCCAAUAUUUAAGGAUAUUCUCAUUACCAUGAAGUCUACAUUCCCAGAUGUUAUACCACAACCUAUAACUAGACACAGGAACAGACAAGAUCCAGCAGGAGUUGACCUGGAAACUGAUGUUGUACAUGGCUUAGAAGAUGAAAAUAUUAUAAAUCAUGAAAGAUUAGUGAUUAACAUUGAUGAAUGUGAGGCCAAAGAUUCAGCUCCAAAGACAAUAUCAAGGGAAUCUGUUUUCAUUAAGUAUAUGAUAGAUACACAUUUAGAUGAAUCCUGGCAUAAGUACUUGACAGAGUUGGUGACAGCAGAGUUUUUCCCUCCGAAUCCAUUUCCACGUCUAACAACAAUCUUUAGACAGAAUGCUAUGAGAAUGGACCUGUGUUUUGAGAGAGAUUCAGUAAUUACAGAGAAUAUCCUUAAUACAAAUAUCAAGUUAGAUGAUAAAGAAAAUUUUAUUUACAACAUUCCUGGAAUUGAUGCCUAUGGAACACCAAGUGCAUUACAAGUUCUUGACACUGGAAUCUACAUGAACCUAAGUCAGAUUGUUUCCAUGUUAACACAACAGAACUACAUACAGAGAAAAGGUCCAUACAGGGUUGGCAUUUGUUUGGCAUUAAGUGGUCCUAGUAUACUGUAUGGUAAAAUGCAGCCAUAUUUAAACGAAGUUGAGUUACAUGAACAUUGCUAUAUUAUGGGACCACCUGGAUGUCAAGGGGAGGCAAUUCAACUGUUUGCUAUGAUUGUCCAGAACUACCUUGUUGAUUUGAUACAAAAGAAUAUGAUUCCAGUAUCGGGUAUAUACUUUGGUGAAAGUCAGAAUCGAUGGACUUGGGAGGAUAUACUUACACUCAGAGCUGGAUUUAUAUCAGAAUUCUGUACUAUCUGUGCCAGAAAGGAACCUAUUUUUAUGAAGGCCUUUGUUUUGAUGGACCAAUGGAGAUAUGUUCCAGUGAGAAAAUAUUUCCUACUCCACUUCAUGACAGAUGAUGAAAUUGAAGGAGAGUUAUUUUUCCCAGAUAAUCCAGUAGCAUUUUACCAAAGCAUAUUCCUUAGCAGAGAUAGGGCAGCAUUUCACUAUCAGAAUGGUGGACCAAAACAAGGAGUAAAUUCCAUGACUGGCCCUAAUGUAAAGAAUUCUGUCAAUCAUCUAGAUUAUAUGAUGGCUGCUGCAAAAUCAAGAUCUGAUUGGAUAACUGUUCACAGGGCCCUCCUUCUCAAGAGUCUCAUUCAGCAGAAUGACACCCAUAUUGGUGAGUCCUGGAAGAUGCUUCACUCUGUCGCUGCCCAAGUGGAGUAUAUUAUAGCCAUCAUUGAUGCUAUACAGGACCUGGUUCAGCUUAUUAUAGAAUAUAAGGAAUUCCUUACAAAAUAUGAGUCAACACCAAACACGGCUGCAAGUCAAAGAACAAGGGCAACACCUCCUCAGUCCAGAGCUCAGACUGGUCAAAAGACAGCUGAUUCACAUAAAGCAAGAAAAGCAAAUACUCUGCUACCAAAUUUCCAGAGUCCCAUUGACGAAGGAGUAUUUGGUCAGAUGUGCAUGGUGUUCCACAGACGUCUGGUAGAGAUAUGUAAAGGGAGGAUAACUCUUGCAAGCGCUGCAUUAGCAGAAUUUGUCAAAGCUAAAUUGAAAACAUCAAUAGAAGAGGAUCCAUAUCUUAAUAACUUUUACUUUGCUUACGAAGACCAGACAUUAUUCCGUUUGGAGGAAGUUAAGCAUAUGAUGAGAAUGGUACAAGACUGUUUAUCUUCAGAUGUGCAUUUAAUUAGUGACAAAGCACAAAGUGUUGUAGAUGACCUUGAAACAGAUAUGGCUGAAGGUCGACCUAGUUCUGUAGCAUCAUAUAUACUAAAUGAUCCUUACAUGAAAAUAAAGCAUCCAAGAGCCCAAAUGACUGCCAUAUUGGAAUGAUUUUAACAAAAAGACAGAUGUUAUGAUUCACUGAUCAUGGAAAUGUAAUAGUGCUAGCAGGGUAUGGUGUCCUAUUGACACAUAUUCUCGGUUUUAUGUAGCCCUGGGUAAAAUUAGAAUAUACUUUACGACAUGCAACCAAAUCGUUUAACAAAUAGUUAAAAAGAUGUCUUGUGCAAUCAAACCAGUGUAAUUUUGAGUACUAUGUACAUUUUUUGUGGUCACAUCAGUCAUUAGGCAAGGUACUAAAGUAGCAUUUUUUUAAUUUAAAAAUAAUAUGAGAAAUAAUUUCAGUUAUUGGCCCCUAUCUCUUUACAAUAUGAUAUAUUUUUCUUUCAAUUAUUGGUCCUUGGUUAAUGUCCCUUAAUGAUUUUAUAUAGCUGUAUAUUGUUUCUGGUUAUAACUUUUUACUUGAGUUUUGCUCAUUGUUGAAGGUCGUAUGGUUACCUAUAGUUGCUAACUUUUACAUCAUUUGGUUUCUGGUGGAAAGUUGUCUCAUUUGCAAUCAUAUAUACCACAUCUUGGAUAUGGAUACUCUGCUUAAUUUCAUGCGUUACAAGAAAUCCAUAAUUUCAAUAUCAGUAUACGUUUAAAUCCGAGAUAUGAUGUAUAGCGCAAAUUGACAACAACCCCAAAACAUUAAAAUAAAUAUGUUCAAUAUGUUGCAUUCUACUAGUAUAGAAACAUGUUCUCUAGAAUGUUAUUUGUUUUACUGUAAAUUCAGAAAUUAUUGCGAGGUUUAUAUUAAUGGAAAUAAUGCAAAUGGGUGAGAAUCGCAAUAACGAGAACUUACAUUUCUUUAAAUAUGAUACAUAUAGCUAUAUGAAGAUAUAACUGAAAUCGCAAUAAUAAAUCUCACAUUUUUGUCCAAUCUUCAAAAAUCGCAAUAAUAAAUGCACACAAUAAUUUCUGAAUUUACAGUAUUUGAGUAUGUAUUAUAAGUGAAAAUUAUUUCUCUAAUUUUCAUGCUAUUUUCACAUGUCUCCAUAGGUGUGAGAAAAAAUUUUCUCCUCUCUAGAGAAAACUUUGUUUUUGGCAAAUGAUUGGACGAAGUUUCCAUUAUAACGUCAAAUUUUCUUGAUUUCUUCUGAAUUUCCUAUUGUGACGUCAUGAAAAAAGGCGAACAUGCCUGAUGACGUCACAUAUAAAGAACACAACUUUCUGCAAAUCUUUGAAGAGGAAGGUUAAACUUGUUUAGAAAUUGUCUUAAAAUCAUUAGAGAAACAGAUUCCCCUACUAUAUCUCGUGUAUUAUGAUAUUUCUCCACUCUCAACAGUUAAAUUUUAAAUAUUUAAAAAGCUCGGCAAGCCUCACGAUUUAAAUUUAAAAAAUUUACUGUCUCGAGUGGAGAAAUAUUGUAAUACACUUGAUGCAGUGGUGGAAUAUAUAUAAAUCUACUUAUCAUUAGUCACUGCAAAAUAUUUCUUAUGGAUUCACAGGAAAUCCAAUAUUUUUGUUAUGAAUUUAACUGAUACUCAAUUUGUUUCAAACAUAUUCUGAAAUGAGACUGCCAAAUUUAAAUCAUAUUCUGUCCACCAUUUUUUUAUUCCAUAUUUUCUAAUGUCUGUGUUUGUUUAUAUGUUUUCAACAGAUUUAUCAUUAUAUUGAGUCAGACAUAUUUUAAACUGUGAUAUCUAAUGUGAAUCCAUCCAUAGAUUUAGAAGUUCGUUUUGAUAUGAAUAUUAGUUGUUGAAAAAUAUAUAUAUUUUUGUACUUAUUUAUUUAAUGAAUAAAUAUUGAAAAAUAAAAGGAAACAAAAAUU